UGNGAUUUGGUUCGCUUAGCUUCCCGUUGUUUGCAGUAUGAAGCUCGUGAAAGGCCAAAUGUGAAAUCUCUUGUGUCCUCACUUGCUCCUCUUCAAAAGGAAACUGAUGUUCCGUCUUAUGUGCUAAUGGGUAUACCACAUGGAGCUGCUUCUCCAAAGGAAACAACUUCGCUAACCCCUCUUGGCGACGCUUGUUCAAGACUUGAUCUCACUGCCAUCCAUGAAAUUCUUGAAAAGAUUGGAUACAAAGACGACGAGGGCGUAGCAAAUGAGCUCUCAUUCCAAGUGUGGACCGACCAGAUUCAGGAGACUCUAAACGCUAAGAAACAAGGAGAUGCUGCGUUCAAAGGCAAAGACUUUGUCACCGCCGUCGAAUGUUACACACAGUUCAUCGAAGAUGGCACAAUGGUAUCACCAACAGUUUUUGCAAGGAGGUGUUUGUGUUAUCUGAUGAGCAACAUGCCUCAAGAGGCUCUUGGUGAUGCAAUGCAGGCGCAAGUAGUGUCUCCUGAGUGGCCAACGGCUUUCUAUCUUCAGGCUGCUGCUCUCUUCAGCCUUGGAAUGGAUAAAGAUGCUUGCGAAACCCUAAAAGAUGGAACUUCCUUGGAAGCUAAGAAACAGAACAACAGAAACUGAAAACUUCAAGUGUAUAGGUUUCUUCUCUCUAUAGGUUUCUUCUCUCUUUUGCCUUCUCCGUUUUCUGAUUGGAUUCUGGGAGCUCAUUGUCUUUUUUCUUUCUUUCUUGAAUCAUUAUCCUGAAUUUGUGGUUUCCAAUUUGAAGAGAUGAUUCACAUGUAUCUUGAAACAAGGAAAGAAGGAUCUUUCUCAUUUAAAAAGUCCAAGAUCCUUAAAUGUGAUAUCUUCUUUGAAUAUAACUUAAAGAGUGGAGAUUAAACACAA